UUAUUUCUACAGGCAAUGCUUCUCUACUCCUGAGAAGUGUGAAAUUGGAAGAUGAUGGUGUGUAUCGCUGUAGUGUCAGUGCGGGAAAACUCUCAGGGACUACAAGCAUUAAUCUUAGAGUGGCUGACAAAUACUUCGCUAACUGCGGAGGCCCAGAGAUGGUUUCCCCAACCGGAGGUUACCUGGUUAAGUCAGAGUGGAGAACUUUUAAACAGCAGCAGCCAAUUCAGCAACAAUUCGGCUGGAAUCACACAAGUUGUCAGUGUCCUGGAGUUCCCGGUAAAAGUCGAUGAAACUUACACCUGCCUUAUACAAAACAGCCUUGUGAAAGCUUUCUCAGAGGCAACUGUAACAGGCAAUGAAGUGACGGGAAAGACAUACUUCAUUUUUAAUGCUGCAUCAACAAUAUUAUCCUCACAACCCUUGUUUAUAGUUAUACUUCAUUUCUUUCUCAAGUAGACUCCGGUGUCUGGUUGUUAGUAAGGUCAACAAAUUAUUUCUCUGUUGUGUACACAUUAAUCUAUUCUGUUAUCCAAAUGUCAUAUAUUAUAAUGAUUGUAAUAGGGUGAUUCUCUGAAUUGGGUGCCUUUUGGGUCAUACUUUUUUUUUUAAAUAUAUACCUUAAAUAGUUAUAUUUUUGAUCAUUUCCUGUGAUAGUGGAUUAGUCAAACCUUUAAAAAAAUACAUUUUACCACCUCAGGCAUGAAAUUCUAAUCAAUAUUGAGUGUUUUUUUCCACUUGGACUUGGACCCUGUUUAAAUAUGAUUUAAAAAGAUUUUCAAGUAAAUUCUUGUAGAAGCUUUUCAAUGAGAUGUCCCUUGUUUGAUAUCAUUUAUUGCAUGUAGAAUUUUUUUUAAUGCUCACCAUUUGAAUACCAAAUCAGGUCAUGAAAACUGUAUCUAACAUUGGUCUUCAUAUCUUAUCACAAAAUAUGCGUUAACAUUAGAAUUUAAUCAGGCUUUCAUAUUUUUUCAGACUGUCCUGUAAAUUCUGCACACAGCAAAACAAACUUUGACCUAAUUUGUCGUUUUAUCACCAAAAUAUUAAUAAAAACUAUCAAAUAACAGGGUUGAACUCAGCAUAACGGGGUUGAAAA